CGUGUUCAAACCAUCUCAGCCUCACCUCUCCAAAUCAGUAAACCUGAGCCAACCUAACAACCUCUUCCUUUGAAUACUUUUUUGUACUUCCACACCAGAGGAUACAUUAAACACCUUGUUGUUUCUCUGCCCAAUUCAGUUGUACUUUCCCAGAGAUCUGAUUGUUUCAUAGCACAGCUGCCUUAGAGCAGUGGUGAUAUGCAGCCCACAUAUCACACGUACACUGUGAUAUGUGGUACGCAGGAAUUCCCCCCCACCCGGGAUGAUGUAAACAGACCAAGCUUCAGCCAGGAGAACAACUGAGAUAAGCCAUCCACAAUAUGAGUCUGUUAUAAUAACCUGUCAGUUUGAUGAGGCAUUCAUCUGCAGAAGAUUCAACAACCAACAAGAGAGCUUUACUAAAGAUCUGAAGACAUUGAUGGAGAUGACCAACAACUCUUUCGUUCAAAUUAAUACAACGGCUGCACCUGAUAAAAAUGACUCUGUGUAUGGUGACAAGUAUGAUGGGCUGAGACAGUCUCUCAACACAGUGUCUCUAAUCCUUUAUUCCCUGGCCUUUGUCCUCGGUGUGCUCGGGAAUGGAGUGGUUAUCUGGGUGACCGGGUUCAAAAUGAAGAAAACUGUUAACACAGUUUGGUACCUCAAUCUUGCUGUGGCUGACUUCCUCUUCACUGCAUUUCUGCCCCUCAGUGUGACUUACCUAGCUUCAGGUUUCCACUGGCCUUUUGGCAAGUUCAUGUGCAAGCUGAACACCACCAUCAGCUCUCUGAACAUGUUUGCCAGUGUCUACAUUCUGGUGGUGAUCAGUGUGGACAGAUGUGUGUCUGUGGUGUGGCCCAUCUGGGCUCAGAACCACCGAAAUGUACGCAAUGCUACCUAUGUGAGUCUGUGUGUUUGGGUGGUGGCUUUGAUUUUCAGUGCACCAUACUUCAUCUUCAGGGACACUGAGAAAGUGUCUGAAAACCAAAUCCUCUGUUUCAGCAACUAUGCUCUUUCUGAUAACUAUACAGCACCAUCUGUAAUUCAGUUAAACAAAUUUCGUCAUCUAGCCAUGACUAUCACUCGUCUCUUCCUGGGAUUUGUAGUCCCCUUCACUGUCAUUGUCUCCUGUUAUGCUGUCAUCAUCCAUCAUCUGAGGAGAAACCGCACCAUGGCCAGCCAAUCAACACGCACGUUUAAAAUUGUCACUGCUGUUAUUGUCACUUUUUUCCUGUGUUGGGCUCCCUUUUACAUAAUUGGCGUAAUUGAACUAGUGAAAUUCACGUCUGCUACUCACAACAAAACAUUAGACCUUGUCACACAUGUCGGGAUGCCUCUGGCCACCAGUCUGGCCUUUCUCAACAGCUGCUUCAAUCCACUGCUGUAUGUGUUCAUGGGCCAUGAUUUUAAGGACAAAGUCCGCAAAUCUAUCCGAAAUGUUUUGGAGACUGUCUUCCAGGAAGAGGAGACACGCACUCGCACUUACACAGGGUCAGUGGUCACCAGUCAAAGCAAAAAUAGCUCAGAUUUGAAUACUGAGGUAUAAGAAACCAAAUAAUUAAACUGUAAAUGGCAGACAAUUGUGACAUCUUAAAAUGAUUCUAAAUGUUUCAAAAAUAUCUCAAAAUGCUUUGGGGCUUUUUUACUAGCCAUAGCAUUAAUCUGAUACAUGACUGGUGUAUGUGUUUGAAUCAGAGCAGUGCAUUCAGCUUGCUUUUUUUAUAGAACUAAAAGCAGUUAUGCAAUGCCACUUUCUUGAGAAAAGAAUCAGUCAUUGAUUUCAAAAUCAGGAUUACAUUUCUUUCUGAUUGAGGCUGUGUUACACAACCAGUAACAUGUGGUUUACAUUUGGAUACAUGACAGUUUCCACAGCUUAAGAUAUGAUUUAAGUUAGCAAGUUAAAUGUUCCAAGUGUAACUAAUUUUCAUUUUCAUUAAAUAAAUCAGCCUGUAAUGUUCAUGAAAUGUAUUUAUUUCUUUAACAUUCAUUUAUUUGUUUAACAAUGAAGUCUGUGAUAUUUCUUGUUAAUAUAUAUGACAACAGUGAUAUACUGGAGGUGGCCAAAGUACAGACAUUCUGUACUUAAAAAGUACAUAUACUUCUGCUAAAUAAUAAAAGUUAAAGUUAAUAAAAGUUGAAAUACUGAAUCAACUUUAAUAAUCAAGUAAAUGUAAAAUGGUACCGGCUCUGAAAUAUACUCAUGGAUACAUGACAGUUAAACUUUGAAGCAAAAUUUAACCAUGCAAAAGUAACUGAAACUUUUGCUAUAUUAAUAUGGCAAUAAAGUAAUAUUAGUACAUGAAAAUGCUAAUUUUUCAAAUCUAAAUUCUAACUCUAACAAAUGUACUCACCUUGAAUCUGUUAUUUAGGACACAGGCAGUGAAAGGGAACACAAUGUUAGUAUACUUAUUUUGUUUUGCAGGACAUUUUGCUUUAAAUCAAACUUCUCUUCUUCCUCUCUUGUCUUUCUUACGUCUUCCUCCAUCCCAGAGUGAACUUCCCCUUUCUCUCCUGUGAAAAACAGCAGCUGGACCUUUAGCUAGUAAACACACUGUACAAAAAACUGUAAACAAACAGUUUGUUUUUGGUAAUGUUUGUUAAGCCGAUAAAAGUGUUGCAUUUGAAAUUGUGCGAUAGUUUAAAAACGUUACUUCCUCUAUGCGUGCUUCUGUUCUGUAGUUCUUUAGCACUAGCUAAAUGCUAUAAAGUAUGGAGGCCACAACUUAAGGACACUUGUACUCGCUCUGCCCACUUUAACCCCAGGGUAUGAAUGCUAUAAAUGACAAUCCUGUACCAAAAGUAAUGAGCCUGUAGUUAAAACGUAGUAGAAGGAGUAGAGAGUACAGAUAUUUGUGUAAAAAUGUAGGAAAAGUAAAAUAUAAAAAAUAAAUAUUGAAGUACAGACACCUGAAAAUUCUACUUAAAUAAAUACAAAAUAUUUGUACUUCAUUACUUACAUUAAUUAAUUUUCAUAAUUUAUUAUUUACAACAGAGUGUAAAAUAUGAGUUUAUAAUGUUUAUAAGAUGUGUUUACCCUGUGAAAAAAAUAGGCUCCCACACAUAGUUGCCAUUAGAUUCAUGAAACAUUUGCUUUGGACAGGUUUGUUCUUACCACCAUGCAGAUCUGAGCCAACUGAAUCAUCUUAAAUCAUUAAACAAACUGAAAAGUUUCACCUUGGAAGUGUCUUAUCUGUCAGCCUAAGAUGAGGAACUUAAGGCAAUUGUUAAGUAAUAUCCAGCCCUGCAAGUUUCCUCUAUGAAAUGAAAAUGUAAGUGUACAUACACAAAAUGAGUCAAAACUGAUCUAAAUGUCAUCAUAAUGACAUCCAAUCCAAAUCUAAAAUAAAUAUGAGGAAAUAUUUAAAAUGCAUAUGGUUUUUCAUAUUUUGUUACUCAGCCAAUGUUUGAGGGAUUAAUUUGUUUCUUCAUCAAUUCACCGGUACAAAAAUAAACAAAAAAAAAGAUUACUUCAUCACAACUCCAGGCAAUAUAGACCUAUACAGUUGAUAUGUGGAAUUUACCUCUGUUAGAGCACAUUAAUAAAUGAAAGGGCUCAUCUUUUUUUCUUUCUUUUUUUUUGACAAAAUGCAAUUUAAAAAAAGAUCAUAUCUGAGAUAUGGGUGGAAAAAAUUCAUAUCAGUCUGUAUAGCUCAGCCCCACCAAACAAAAAGCUUUUGUUUGUGUAAUUUGUGGAUGUAAAUCAUUCUGUUAUUAUGAGUCACACCAUCAUAUCCUGUUAACAUUUGCAUUUUAUAUCAACUAAUUGGUAUUCCAGCAGUCUGACAUGCUGCCUGUUAAUAUGCAUGACAAUUAUUAUGAGGUUACUGUGCUUAGAGUAGCAGCUUUUUUAUAUAUAUAUGUUGUGGAUAGGCGUAGCUUUGGGUCACGUGGUGUCGGUAAUAGUAAUAGUGAUUGCUAUAUCACCUGUUCAGGUCGCGAGGGAAUUUGUGAAUGAGUGGGUGAUGGGGGAAGUCGACUUUUGCUGACCGCCCAUUUUAGAAUGUUUUGGUCACUGCUUUUCUACGGAUUUUAAGGAUUGAUAACAAAUAAAGAAGUUUUUAAUCUGGAACUUUGAUUUACGUUUGAUCAGCGGGCGCGUCAACAUUAUUCCCCUAUUCAGCUGCUCGGCGACUCAAAGGCUUGACGGUCGCCAAUAUUUGUCAGCAAAAAGUGCGACGGCAAUGGAGCUUCCCGCAAUCAGCGCAGAAUAAACGCCGACACGAGCCCACACACCGCCGCCACUUCACCCAUUAAAGCGGCUAGUCUGACAGAUAAGGAGAAGACGACGGUGGUAUGUAAACUGUGUUUUUUCUGCUGCAUAUUGCUUGUUGGAACGCAGUGUGGAUUUUGACCAGGUCCUGGUUU